CGCAGCGCCCGUCGGGGUCCCGGAGUCGCCGCCUAUCAGCGGAGCGCAGGGGCGGGGCCGGCUGGGGCGCGGGGCCGCGGGCGGGGGCGGGCGGGGGACCGGGCGCCGGGCGGCUCCGGGCGCCGCGCGCACACACCGGGCCGGCUCCCGAGGGCUCCAGCGCGGCCCCGGGGAGCGCGAGCGGGGAGCGCGCGGCCUGCGGUCAGCGGCCCAGCGGCCGGAAAGAUGGUGUCCUGGAUGAUCUCCCGAGCCGUGGUGCUGGUGUUUGGAAUGCUCUAUCCGGCGUACUACUCCUACAAAGCUGUGAAGACGAAAAAUGUCAAGGAAUAUGUCCGCUGGAUGAUGUACUGGAUUGUCUUUGCCCUCUACACUGUGAUUGAAACAGUGACUGAUCAGACCCUUGCAUGGUUUCCCCUGUACUAUGAGCUGAAGAUUGCCUUUGUCAUUUGGCUGCUCUCCCCCUAUACCAGAGGGGCGAGUUUAAUAUACAGAAAGUUCCUUCAUCCUCUUCUCUCUUCAAAGGAAAGGGAAAUUGAUGACUAUAUUGUCCAAGCAAAGGAAAGAGGCUAUGAGACGAUGGUGAACUUCGGGCGGCAAGGUUUGAAUUUAGCAGCUGCAGCGGCUGUCACAGCAGCAGUGAAGAGCCAAGGAGCAAUAACGGAGCGCUUGCGAAGUUUCAGCAUGCAUGAUUUGACAACCAUCCAAGGUGAUGAGCCUGUGGGACAGAGACCCUACCAGACUUUGCCAGAAGCAAAGAGGAGAAGCAAACAAGCCAGUGAACCAGCAGCCUACGGAAUUCCAGUGAAAGAUGGAGGUGAGCAAACAGACGAAGAGGCCGAGGGGCCGUUCUCGGAUGACGAGAUGGUGACUCACAAGGGGCUGCGGCGGUCCCAGAGCAUGAAGUCUGUCAAGACCAUCAAAGGCCGCAAAGAGGUGCGGUAUGGUUCGCUCAAAUAUAAAGUGAAGAAGAGACCACAGGUGUAUUUUUAGUGUCUUCACCUCACCUAUCUCAAGACAAAUAACCCUAACAAAUCAACUUCAUAUUCUAAUUCGAUGCAUUCAGGACUUACACUUUGAUUCUUCUGAUUGCAGCAAGGACGGGAUUUACUGUAAUAAUUUUAAAGAGUUUGUGUUUCUUUAACAAUUACUUGUAGAUAUUAACUGCUAAAUGUAGUUAUGUAAGGUUUAUUGACGUACAUGUCUAUAACAGCAGUUACAGAGAAUCACAUUAUCUGAUUUCAUCAGCAACACUGAGUGUCUGGGAUCUAAGGAUAAAACACAGACCCAGGGUAUACUUGAAAAGUCUCUCCUUCAGGAUACAACUUGCCUUUCUAGUGUUGCAUUGUGUUUACACCCAUCCAUGCCGCCCGCAUCUGUCACAGGAGGGUGGUGACAGCCACUGAGCAGCCAGUGUCGUGACAAAGACAUAGUGUAAGGUGGUGACAUGUCCUUUACAUAAGCCUUGGAAUCGUUCCACCGUGAGUUCAAAGUUUUUGAAACAGAUGUUUGAAAACCAGAUGUCCACACAGCACUUUCCUGGCUGGUUUUGCACACUUGAAAAUUGUUUACUUAUUUUAUGACUGUACAUUUACUUUAAAUUUUAUUGAUGCCGUCUUUUUUGUUGUCUUAUAUUCUGACAUGUCAAAAUUAUGCCUUCAAAUGCAUCAUCUCCUUUUCCUAUGUGUUUGUUUUAUCUGUUAAAUUCAUUUGAUUUAUAGUAGAGACACAUAGCUAACACUCAUUAAAUUUUUACUUUUUGAUUUUUGUUUUUUGAGAAAAGGUCUCUUGUAGCCCAAGGGUGGCCUUAAACUCCCGAUCCUAUUCUUGCUUCCUCCACACAGUUGCUGGGAUAACAGGUGUAUAUUAUCACACCUGACUGAUUUUAACUGCUUUUUAAUUAUAUUCUUGACAUCUAAGAAAUUAUUAACAUUAACCAGUUUCCAUAGUUGAAUUUGAUGUGUUUUUAUCAGCAACAAUUGUAUUAUUUUAUGUUUUAAAAUGUAGAUUUUUGGAAGAGAGUCAAGACCAGUAUAGUGCUUAGUAUUUUCUUCUUGCUUGCUUCCUUCUUUUUUUUUCUUUGUUUGUUUGUUUGUUUUUGGGGGUUGUUUUGGUUUUUUUUUGGUUGGGGGGGGCAGUUAGUGUCAGGGUUUCUUUGUGUAGCCUUUGUUGUCCCAGAACUAGCUCUGUAGACCAGACUGGCCUCGAACUUACAGAGACCCACCUGCCUCUACCUCCUGAGUGCUGGGAUUAAAGGCGUGCACCACCACUGCCCGACUGCACUCAGUGUAUUCUGACUCAUGGAACUGCCCAGUGACCACACCCCUUUCUCAAGCUUGGCAGACGCAGAUGCUGGUUUAGAGACCUGGUGGUGACUAAAGUCAUUUGAAUCUUUUUCCUGGCUGAGUUUACUCCCUGAAGAUGAGUGUCAAGAUAGAACAUAAACAGUUGAUGCUAUAUAGCAUAAGCUCCCAGAAAAAAGAUCACCUUUUUAAUAUGAGAGGUAUAGAGGGAUUGAACUCAGAGGUUUAUUUCAGGUUGCCCUACUAACUGCACUAUGAAUCUUAAAUCGGUGUAUUUGGGAUGAUGGAUAAUCAAAAUUUCAAUAAUCAAACAAUAUUUAGUUGGGGGUGUCUGAGUGUCAUUCAUACAUGACCUCUUGAUGCUACUCUGAUUAUUUCCUAAACACCAAAUAUUUAACACCAAAUAAAAUUCAAUUUUUCUCCAGAACUUAAUCUACUUUGCUUUGACUCAUAGUGUCUUUGUUACUAGACGACUUCUAGUCAAACAUCUAUAAAAUCACAUAAUAAAUUAUUGGAAAGAGUGUUAUUUAUUUAGCCUGGACCUGUCCUGCUCUGUAUAAACGCCAUGCUGCCAGCUUGGUUUCCCGGGCAGAGGCAGUAUUACCUGAUAAGGCAAUUGGAUAAGUAAGUUACUCUGUCUCCAUGGGGACUGGUUGGCACCAUCUUAUCUUUUAAAAGUCCAGUGUCUUCAUUAAACCUGCCCUUUGGAGCCACUGGUAGAUGCCAUGCUUGACAUAGGCAAGGCCUGGAGUUCAAUCCCAGAAUAAAAAAAAAGCAAAAAUUAGUUAGAACAAACUUACCCAUCCUUUAAGGAGUUCAUAUGCUAUUUGUUUUCUCUUUUGAUUUUUUCUUUUGUUUUGUGAGACAGAGUCUCACAGUGUAGACCAGGCUGUCCUCCAACUCGCUGUGUAGACCAGGCUAGCUUACAAGCUCCCCAAGAUCCACCUGCCUCUGCCUUCUCUGCCUUCCAUGUGCUGACAUUAAAGGUGUGAGCCACCGUGCCCAGCUUGUGGUUUUUGUUUGGUUGGUUGCUUUUAUUUUAUUUUUUGAGACCAAGUUUUACUCUAGCCAGCCUGAAACUCACUAUGUAGCCCAGGUUAGCCUCGAAUUUGUGGACACUCUUCAUGCUUCAGCCUUCUGAGUGCUGAGAUUACAGGUGUGUGCCACCACCACACCAUGUUUCACGGGCUUUUCAAAUUGGCAGAAUUACUACCUUGUAGAAUGAGAAUGCCCAAACAAAGGUGCCACCGUGGCUCCGAUCUAAUGUUGGCCUUCCUAUUCACUGUCCUUCUCGUUCCCAGCCCAUACUUCGGCAUAUUACAGCAGUUGACAUGCUUCCCGCACUUGAUGCUGUCUGUCCUGCCUCUCAUGCUUUGAUUCUGUCCUCCACAGUCACGUGUCAUGCAUAGUACAACCUUGUCUUUGAACUUUGUAUACUGAGCUAAAGGGUUUUUUUUUGUUCUGUUUCUUUGAUGGUGGAGCUGGUCUUGUUUACUUCUCUGCUUUUGAAUCUGCCGAUUUUUUUAAGAGAUGUAAAUUUAUUCAUAGACCACAGUGCCUUGACUUAACCCUACUGCCGAUUGGGGCGCCAGCAUGCAAUGCACACGCCUGUUUAGGGCACUGUUUCUCUGCUCUUUGGCUUUUAUCCAGAAAUCACAGCCGACUAGUAUCUUAUCUGACUAUCCAGUCAUUCAGUGUGAUCACUAAUACCGAACUGAUCCCCAUACUUAACUGUUGUUUAAGCAUGAGAAUUGCUACAGUUUCUAUGUCUCUCUUUUCUUUUUCCUUUCUGGUAUUAAAAGGAGCCAUAAGUACAGCUGGAGAGACAGACAGCUCAGUGUUUUAAGAAUGCAUACUGCUCUUACAGAAGACCCAGGCUCAGUUCUUAGCCCUAUACCUGGUAGGUAGUUCACAACGGCCUGCAGCUCCAGCUCCAGGGGAUGCCCUUUCUGAUGUCCAGGUGCAGCUGCACACAUGUGUGAACAUAUCAGCACAUGGAUAUGCAUACAUAGCCAUAAUUUAUAAUAAAGAAAAGUCUAUGGAAAACAAAAAGGAACCAGAAAUAAUCUGAUUGCUAAAUGCACAAUUGUAUGAGCCCACCCCACUCCGCCCAUCAGAUGCCAUUCACGCACGUCGCUGUGUGUUUUCGAUGGUUAAAUAAUGAGAUCCGGCCACCACUGCUGGCAAGAUCACUGCAUGGAUGAAGAACUAACUACUCGCGUGUUUUCAGGGAUCUUAUUUCGUGUGUCACCACCAAAGACUUCCACAGUGUUAUAAAGCAUGUAAAUACUCGAAAAUUAUGUCAAACAUUGGUUAAAUGUUUCUACUGCUUCCUUCUCUGUACUUUUGGGGAGAUGCCUGGACCUUUAUGGUAUUACUAUAAUGUCUUACAUUGACUAUAAAUGUUUUUUUUAAAUUGGAAUAGGCUAAUUUUUCAUUUAGUGCCUUUCAUUGGGAAAACUAAGGAGAGCUAAAUAGAUCUAAAUAUAGAACUCUGAAUACAGAUUCCAAACCUGUUUCCUCUGUCCUCUCCUUUUUAGGUUGAUUUAUUUGUUAAACAGUCGGGUAAAUUUUGAGAAGAUUGCUGAUUUGUGGUUUGUAGCAUUUCUACAGAAACAUACUCUAAGGUUAAAGUGUUCUGAAAAGAAAGUCUCUUUUUCUCUAAGUACUUUUGUAAUCUUUUAGGGGUGUUCUGCAGAUUGACCCUUUUUGAAUAUUGUAUAUCAACCCUUUUUAGCAUUGACCCUGACUUAACAAUUUUUUCUUGUAGUAUUUUUUAACUCUGUGUACUUUAAUACUUUAAGCAAAAAUAACUCUGUAAGAUCUUUGUUAAAGCUGUCCUCAAGCCCUGUACGUGGGUGACUCUGCAAGUAUAUUUGGGGAAUUUUUACAAUAAAAUAAACUCAUUAUAUUAGGGGCAGUUGGGUAUUUCUUUAUGUAUCGGCAUCCCUGUGUUGAACUCCGUGAAUGUUUUUUCUUACUCAACAUGUCUUGAUUUAGUACCAGACAACAUACAUGUCCCUCGGACUGCAGUCAACAGAGCAAGUUACAACUCUUGUUACUUUCUGUAAAGCUUGUCAUAGGCCGAGGAUAGCGUCCCGAAUUGUAGAGUUUGGAUGCUAGAUAGAGAAGCAGGGAAAAUGGCACAGGAACUCUGUCACCAUAGACUGACUGGCUGUCUCCAGCAUAGAAUAUAACAGAGAAUUCUGAUUUCUGUAUCGGGGAAGUGUUCUGGAGCUCCGUCUGUUUGAGAGCAGGGAAUUUGUUGUUAUAUGCUAAUCAAGUUACCAUCCCUUUUUAUAGAUCCAGUAACAUGCAUCAAUUACCCAGCUUGUACCAUUGUGUGCUUAUCUUUCAACGCAGCCUAGCUAAGAAGACAGAAUAACAAUUUAAGGGAGUUCUUGUUUUGAAAGAGUGAAUCCACUGUUAUCAAAAUGUCUGUAUUUUUCUGAGAUUUCUUGUAGGUAGAUCAUUUAAUAAAUCUUUCCCCCUGUAAUAAUAGUCCUAGCUGUCCUGGAACUUGAUUUGUAAACCAGGCUGACCUCAAACCCACAAA